GUCACUUUGUUCUCUGAAAGAUCUCAUUUUGUCUGGCGUGUGUUGUUGCGUUUUUGGUUAGGAAAACGUCAUUUCGAACAGAAAAUGGCUGACAAAGAUGGAGAAACGUUUGAUGAUGCUGUGGAAGAGAGAGUUAUAAAUGAAGAGUACAAAAUUUGGAAGAAAAACACUCCAUUUCUUUAUGAUUUGGUGAUGACACAUGCAUUAGAAUGGCCAAGUCUCACAGCACAAUGGUUACCAGAUGUAUCAAGGCCUGAAGGAAAAGACUACUCCGUACACAGGCUUGUUUUGGGUACUCACACGUCAGAUGAACAGAAUCAUUUGCUGAUUGCCAGCGUUCAGUUGCCCAAUGCAGAUACACAAUUUAAUGCAUCACAAUAUGAUAGUGAAAAAGGAGAGUUUGGUGGUUUUGGGUCAGUGAGUGGCAAAAUAGAGAUAGAAAUAAAAAUUAACCAUGAAGGUGAAGUUAAUAGAGCUCGAUAUAUGCCACAGAAUCCUUGCGUUAUAGCUACUAAAACGCCUACAUGUGAUGUUUUAGUUUUUGAUUACACAAAGCAUCCAUCCAAACCGGAUCCGAGUGGUGAAUGCCAUCCAGAUCUGCGACUUCGUGGACAUCAAAAAGAAGGCUAUGGGUUGUCUUGGAACCCUAAUUUAAACGGACACCUACUGAGUGCUUCUGAUGACCAUGUAAGUACGCCUCUGAAUGCCGCUACAGAUUCAUAUGGUAAUUCAGGACCCGCGACGAUUUGUUUGUGGGAUAUAAAUACUGUUCCAAAGGAGAACCGAGUUAUUGAUGCUAAGACUAUAUUUACUGGGCAUACUGCUGUUGUGGAAGAUGUUUCAUGGCAUCUCCUUCAUGAAAGUCUUUUUGGAUCAGUUGCUGAUGAUCAAAAAUUAAUGAUCUGGGACACGAGGUCUAAUAAUCCAAACAAACCAAGUCACACUGUGGAUGCUCAUACUGCAGAGGUGAAUUGUUUAUCGUUUAAUCCGUACAGUGAAUUUAUUCUUGCAACUGGUUCAGCUGAUAAGACUGUAGCAUUAUGGGACUUGCGGAAUUUGAAAUUAAAAUUACAUUCCUUUGAAUCUCAUAAAGACGAAAUAUUUCAAGUACAGUGGUCACCACAUAACGAGACAAUAUUAGCUUCCAGUGGUACAGAUAGAAGGCUACACGUGUGGGAUCUCAGUAAAAUUGGGGAAGAACAGUCAGCUGAGGAUGCCGAAGAUGGACCCCCUGAAUUGCUGUUUAUUCAUGGUGGUCACACUGCCAAGAUUUCAGACUUUUCAUGGAAUCCAAAUGAACCCUGGGUAAUAUGCUCUGUAUCAGAAGAUAACAUAAUGCAAGUAUGGCAGAUGGCUGAAAAUAUCUAUAAUGACGAAGAACCUGACACUCCUGCAUCUGAAUUAGAGCCGUCGACAUCCUAAACACUACGUGUAAAUAACUUGGCUCAAUACAAAUCUACUGACGCAUCCUAUGGAAGCUUAGGUGUACAUAACUGACAAAACAAUGUUGUCAACUUGCAGUUUUAUCUAAUUGAUGCAGCAGGUAUUCAACACGAGCAGGAUAUCAUGGCGCUAUAUCAACUUCAUAGAUGGCGGGGGGGGGGGUGAUCCAAUUUUUAUCAGAUGAUUAUUGUCACUAUAUGUUGUACAUGCUUCCUUAAACUUUGUAUCGUUAAUUAGCAGUGUGCAAAUUUUAACUUCACAAAGUUGUUUGCUUUCUAUACUUUUUCACAUAAAAACAAAAAAUUAUACCGGAGUAUCUUAUUGUCAGGAUUAAUCAAAUCUUAGAUACUUAUUUGAAUUAUUUACUAGUCUGAUCUGAAGUGAAAGGAAACUAUCCAACUUAUUAAAUUCAAUUUCCAAUAAAACCCUGAAACUGCGAAGCAUGCUGAAAUAAACAAUUGUUUGAGGAUGUACCAUGGAAUGAUUGUGAUAGAACCAGUCGUGUAUUUGUAUAUAUAAAAGUGCAGUGAACCCUUCCAUGUCCCGAUACAUUAUUUUGAGCAUAAGCAUGCCUACAAUGAAUUGAAUCUUUUACAGUACAUUAUAUUUGUAGAGAACUUAAAAUUUAGUUUAUUACUAUAAAAAAACAAUUUUUGAGAAAAUGUCCUUAUUUGAGUAAUAGAAAUAUAGUAAUUUUCAUUAUUAAAGUCACUGAUAUAAAAGUU